AUGGAGGAGAUGGUGCUGCCGUCGAUCCGCGUGGGGCACUCGGGUGGCGGCGCGUUUGAGAGCCUCGCGAGCGACGCGGUCGAGGAGAAGAAAAAGCUCACGCUGGGCGUGUGCGUUAUGGAGAAGAAGUCGCGCUCGUCCCCCAUGACGGCCAUUCUUGACCGCCUGCGCAUGUUCGGCGAGGUGGAGGUGAUUAUAUUCGAAGACCGCAUGAUCCUCCACGACCCCAUCGAGAAGUGGCCCAUAUGCGAUGCGCUAAUCGCCUUCUACUCCACGGGCUUCCCUCUCGCCAAGGCGCAGCAAUACGCCGCCCUGCGCAAGCCUUAUCUGGUGAACGAGUUGGAGCCGCAGUGGCUGCUGCAUGACAGGAGGAAGGUGUACGCGAAGCUGGAGGAGCAUGGGCUCAUGAUGCCCACGUACGCCAUAGUGAACCGCGAGGGCGAGGGGGAGGGGGCGGAGGAGGAGUUUGAGGAGGAGGAGGACUACGUGGUCAUCGCGGGCAAGCGCAUCAACAAGCCCUUCGUGGAGAAGCCUGUGGAUGGUGACGACCACAGUGUGAUGAUCUACUACCCCAGCUCCGCAGGGGGUGGCAUGAAGGAGCUCUUUAGAAAGGUGGGAAAUCGCUCGAGUGAGUUUCAUCCGGACGUGCGCCAUGUGAGGCGCCACGGCUCCUACAUCUACGAGGAGUUCCUUCCCACAGGGGGCACGGACGUGAAGGUGUACACGGUGGGGCCAGACUAUGCUCAUGCAGAGGCACGCAAGUCACCCGUGGUGGACGGUGUUGUCAUGCGCAGCGCUGACGGCAAGGAGAUCCGCUACCCGGUGCUGCUCACCCCAACGGAGAAGGAAAUGGCACGGGUUAUCUGCCUUGCCUUUGGCCAGGCGGUGUGUGGCUUUGACCUGCUGAGGUCGCACGGGCGCUCCUUCGUGUGCGAUGUCAACGGCUGGAGCUUCGUCAAGAAUUCCUCCAAGUACUACGACGAUGCAGCGUGUGUGCUGCGCAGCAUGCUGCUGCGCGCAGUGGCACCCCACCUCUACUCGCCUCUGCCCGUGCGCCUGCCUUGGUCCACUGGACCCGACGCUGCUGCAGCAGCAGCGGCGGCGUCAGCAGUGGCGGACGGCACGACAUCGCCGGACUACGAGCGCACGCUCAGUGCGAGCAGCUUCAACAGCGCGCACACGUUCGGCACGCGGGAGGAGCUGCGCUGCGUGAUUGCUGUCAUUCGCCAUGGCGACCGCACGCCAAAACAGAAGGUGAAGCUGGUGGUGACACAGGAGCGGCUGCUGAAGCUCAUGCUCAAAUACAACGGCGGCAAGCCCCGCUCUGAGGCGAAGCUGAAGAGCGCCGUGCAGCUGCAGGACCUGCUGGACGCCUUGCGCGCCCUCGUGCCGCACCAGAGGGACGGCAGUGACAGCGAGACGGAGGACUUUGAGAAUGCGGAGAAGCUGAGACACGUGAAGGCCGUGCUGGAGGAGGGCGGGCACUUCUCGGGCAUAUACCGCAAGGCGCAGCUGAAGCCGCAGAAGUGGGAGCGUGUGCAGCGGAGGGACAGCAGCGGGGCCGAGGUGGAGGUGGAUGAGCCCACGGAGGCCCUCAUGGUGCUCAAGUACGGCGGCGUGCUCACGCACGCUGGCAGACAGCAGGCGGAGCAUCUGGGUCGAGCAUUUCGAGAAGCCAUGUAUCCUGACGAAAUGGGGUCGAAUGGAACGGGGCUGCUGCGCCUGCACAGCACGUACCGCCACGACCUCAAGAUCUACAGCUCCGAUGAGGGCCGCGUGCAGAUGUCAGCAGCAGCGUUCACCAAAGGUCUGUUGGACCUGGAGGGGCAGCUCACGCCUAUCCUGGUGAGUCUGGUGAGCAAGGACUCGCCCAUGCUUGACGGGCUCGACUCCGCCUCCAUUGAAAUGGAGCAUGCCAAGCGCAAGCUGGGGGAGAUGAUGACCACCAACGACCCGCCCGUGCUCUCGCCCACACACGGCCAGCCCCCCGCGGCACUCAGCCCGCGCCGGCCCUCUCAGUCGCGCUCGCACUCGCGCAGCAGCAGCAGCAGCAGCAGCCACGGCGGGUCGUCAGCGCAGCUGGCUGGCCCGUGGAUGACAGACGCGCCCUGGCUGCCUGACCACCCCCUCAGCAAGCUGCAUAAGCUGGUGGAGCUGAUAAAGGCGCUGGCAGCGCACGCCAAGGAGAAGUGCCGAGAGGACGACGUGGACGGCGCACUCGAGGCCAAGGUGGAGGAAGCUGUCAAGAAGCUUCGCAUCGUGCCCGUGCCGCCUCAGCACAAGACAGGGGUGGAGCAGCAGCAGCAGAAGGGUGAGGGGGAGCAGCAGGGGGCGGCGCAGCAGCAGGGGGGGGGGAAGCAGAAGGCGGUGCCGUAUGAUGGGACGGUGCUGGGCAAGGCACGGUUUGAUGAGAGCCGCAUUGCCGCCGGGCUGCCGUGCGGUACGGAGGAGUUUCUGCUCAUCUUUGCGCGGUGGAAGAAGCUUGAGCGCGAUAUUUACAAUCCGCGAAAGGAUCGCUUCAACAUCAGCAAGAUCCCCGACGUCUACGACUCUGCCAAGUACGACCUGGUGCACAACCGGCAUCUGGGCCUCAAGGGGCUGGACGAGCUCUACCUGCUCGCCAAGGAGAUGGCGAACGGAGUCAUUCCAAACGAGUACGGCAUCACGCCCUACAGCAAGCUCAAGAUUGGCGCCAAGGUUGCUCGUCGGCUGCUGGGCAAGAUGCUGAUCGAUCUGCACAACACGAGGGACGAGGCGGUGGCGGUGGGGCAGGCCAUGCAGCAGCACCGGCAGAGCCUGAGGGAGCAGCGCGCAGCAGCGGUGGCGGCAGCGGUGUUCAACCAGGAGCAGCAGCGGCAGAACCGCCGGUCGUCCGGUGAGGCCAAGCGCCGCUCCGAUGGGCACCCGGAGGGGGAUAAUGACGACAGCAACGCGCAGUACCGCCUGGACCCCAAGUAUGCCAACGUUCGAACGCCCCAGCGCCAUGUGCGCACUCGCCUAUACUUCACCUCUGAGUCGCACCUACACAGUGUGAUGAACGUGCUGCGCUUCUGCCAGCUGGACGACUCACUGCAGGGCGAGGCGUCCCUGCUGAGUCCCGACGCCAUGACUCGCCUCUAUGAGACGCGCGAGCUUGACUACCUCACUCACGUCGUGCUGCGCAUGUAUGAGAACGUGGAGGUGGAUCUGAACGACCCGCGGCGAUUCCGAGUGGAGAUCAUGUUCAGCCCGGGGUCAGCUGUGAGCCCUCUCGAGGUAGAACCAUCAAAGAAGGACCACACACUGCCGGUACUUCCCCCCUUCACAGUGCAGAACGACGCACCCGACACGCUCACCAUGCGCCGCAUGGACCGCAUGCUGCAUCCCUUCGCCAUGCCGCCCGAGGACUUCCCGCCGCCCAUGCAGCCACAGGGCUUCUCCGGCCUCUUCCUCAAGGGCACGCAGCAGCGGCAGCAGCAGCAGCAUCCCGAUUCCAGCAGCGGCAACCAACACCGCCACCACCAACACCAGCACCAGCAGCAGCAGCAGCAGCAGCAGCCUAAGCAAGGCGCUCCAAGGCCGGGCCUCCCCUCUCCGAACCUCCUCAGGCUCGGGCCCCUUAGCACCGUGCGCCGACCUGCCAGGCACGGGCAGGAGCCCCGCGGAGGAGGGUGCAGAGGAGGUGCAGAGGGUGCAGAGGAGGGUGCAGAGGAGGGUGCAGUGGGUGCAGAGGAGGGUGCAGUGGGUGCAGAGGAGGGUGCAGUGGGUGCAGAGGAGGGUGCAGUGGGUGCAGAGGAGGGUGGGCAUAGACUCGCAUCUCGCGCUGCUCCCUCGUCCAAGCCCCCACUCGCUCACUUUCGCUCUCUCCCUUUCUCUCUCGUUCCGCCCCACCUCCGUCUCUUGAUGGCCCUCGCCGCUUACCGCGUCGCGUCGUCCUCCCUCGCCUGCCCGCGUGCCCUCGCCACCACCGCCCGCCUCCCCCGCGCGUGCCUCCCCCACUUUACUCUCCCCCAGUCGUACUUCCCCCACACCGCCCGCCCGCGCUCCACCGCCGCCGCGUGCCCCGCCACCAGCCGCAGUGAAAAGCCACGUGGCGUUGCGACCAUGGCGACGUCGCCGUCCAAUGCGGAGAUGGCCGGCAGCUCAGAGGAAGCACCAUUGGCGAGUCGGCGCUGUGUGCCGUGUGAGGGCAAGGGGCUGCUUCCACUGCCUACUGACCGCAUCGCCACUCUGCUGGACCAGGUGGCGGGGUGGGAGGUGGUGGAGGAGGGCGGCUACCAGCGUAUCCGCCGGCAGUGGCGCACCCGGAACUUCCUCGCAGGCCUCACUCUCUUUGACCGCGUCGCUCAGGUCGCUGAGGCAGAAGGUCAUCACCCAGACCUCCAUUUGGAAGGAUGGAACCAUGUGCGCAUUGACAUAUACACGCACGCCAUCGGUGGGCUGCAUGAGAACGACUUUGUGCUGGCAGCCAAGAUCAACGGGCUGCACCUGGAGUAUCUGCUUCGCAAGCCAAAGACUAAGAUUGCUGGUUGA